AUGGCACGAAUCAAAACCACUGCCAAGCGAAAAAUGUCUCCUUUCGAUCCAGAAACUGACUCAGACAACUACUCAAGUCCUGAAUCCACAAGACAAGGUUUAAAACAAAAGUCAGUAUCUCCUCCUAGGGCACCUCCUAAACCGCCUUCUCAAAAGGCCAAAAAACAUUCAUCGUCAAAACCUACUGCCUCCUCCAUCAGACGAUCUUCAAGAGUUCAAUCUGGGGCUGUCCUUUCAAACAAGAAGAUUACUCAGGACUCAACUGUGCAUGAGAUUGAUUCGGACGAUUCCAAAGGUCAUGCCUCUGCCAAAUCGGUUCCUAAAUCUUCCUCCAAACCGUCCACUCCAAAACGGCAGAAAACCAAAUCAUCUGAACCAAGAAAACCGACUCCAAAGAAAUCUCAUUCAUCCAAACCGAUUCCUGUCCCUCUCUUUAACUCCACAGAAUCGGACUACAUGUUGAAUGCUGCAAUUGUGGGUCGAUCAGCUCCUUAUGGGAUGAUCUUGACCAAAAUCUUUAAAUACUUUAAAGUACCCCUUGAUGAUGAAGAAAGUAUUCAGUGCAAUAAUUUUUUCACUAUGAAAAAUAUCAAACAAAUGCGCAUUGAUCUGCCUGAACAAACCCCCACCUCAAGGAAGAAGAAAACUGCCUCAAAGAAGCAUAAGUCUGCAUCUCCACUAUCUCAUUCUCGCACACCUUCAUUCAACUCCGCUAGCUCAACACUUCCUCCAUCUCCACAAGUCAGUAAGGAUCCAUCUACGCAUAAUGCUGCUCCUUCAGUAAAGGAUGGUGAAGACUUAGUCUUUGAUCUAAACGUAUCAUAUGAUCACCAUUCUUCAAAAAGCCCUCAUAAGAACAUACCAUCUCAAGUAAGCCUGAACUCUUCUCCUAUCUCUCCAAAUGUUGCUCAAUCUAAUUCUGAUCCGGAUUUACAAGAAAAAUCCAAAUCUCCUUUGGCUCCACCUUUUGAAAAUUUUUCCAAGGAUAAGGCUAAAAGUUCAAAAUCCAAAAGAGCGCGUAAGGAUUCAACCACCAGCAUGAAAUCGGCAGAAACUGAGAACAAAAGGUUUUUAAAGUUUCUAAAGAUCAUUAGGAAAGACCAAAAGAAGUUGUUGGUUACUUUUUCUCACUUUCAAAACACUAUAACUCAGUUUGGACUCAUUCUGGAAUGGGUUACCAAACACUUGGGUUCAUCAGCUGCUGCCCGUGAUCAGCCUCCUGUGCUACCACCCCAGUUCUCUUUUGCCCCCGACUCUACAUCUUCAUCAUCUGAAGAUUCAUCUUCCGCUGAUUGA